AUCCAACCAUUUAAAAAUUCAUUCCAUGUUUUGCAUUUUGAUCUACAAUUACUAGUGUGCUACUUCUUGAACAUAAACAAAAUUAAGCAACAAAGACCAAUUAACAUGGCAAACCAAGGAAGUGAUAACCUUUACAGCAGUAUCAAUGUUCCCGGCCAGGCUCAGAUGAGAAGGGAAGACUUGCUGAACCAACCAUCUAACAUCCAUAACCCAAGCCAAGGCCAAGCAACCAACUUGUUUCAAGAAACUGGGACACAAGUGAAAAACAUGGCUCAAGGAGCAGCAGGAAGUGCAGUGAACAUGGCUCGAGGAGCUGCGUCAGGUGCGGCAAACAUGGCACAAGGUGCAGCUGAUGCUGUCAAGAAUACUCUUGGAAUGAAUCCUCCACACAACACUACUGACACUACUGAUGGCAACUAUUUGAACCAGCCAGGCACUAUCAACUUUGAUGAUGACUUUCCAAAUAGUACCACCAGCAGCAUACCAGGCAACACAAAUCUUGAUGGCUUGAACUAUCCAACCAACCCAAACAAUCCUAGUACCGGCAUUUAAGUUCUCUAUCCAUGUCACACCUUUGAUUAAUUUUGUGCUUCGUAAUUUUUCAUAAUUUCAUGUUUUGUUAGUUUUUGUUUUUUCCCUUCUGGGGAGGAAGGAAAGAACUUGUAGAUCAGAGGGGAAUGUCAUCUUCUUACUUUCUUGCUAUAAAAUAAGGUUCCAUUGAUGGACCCCCCCUUUUUUA